AUGAAUGGAAGGACGACGCAUUUGUUUAGUCGAUGUAUAAUACAUUCAUUUCUUGACGUACGGUACUAUCGGACAUCGCUUCUACCUGAAGGUGCAAAGGCCUUUAUUAACGGACGAUGGAUUAAUGCAUUAUCAAACUCCACUUUUCAAGUAGUAAAUCCAUACAAUAAUGAGCUCAUAUGUAGAUGUACCAAUUGUGAUGCAAUCGAUGCAGAAAAAUCUGUGAAAGCAGCACGGGAAGCCUACAGCGCAUGGUCAUCGUCUACAACCGCUAAAGAACGUGGUACAAUACUAGACAACUGGCACCGCAAAAUGUUGGAAAAGCAGAAUGAGUUAGCCGAACUUAUUACCCUUGAAGAAGGUAAACCACUAGAAGAAGCUCGCGGUGAAAUUGUUUAUUCAGCAUCAUUUCUGAAGUGGUUUGCCGAGGAAGCCCGACGAGUAUAUGGGCAGAUUGUAAAGCCUAUAUCGACACAUCGAGUACAUUUUCACGCUCGUGAACCGAUUGGCGUCGUUGGAAUUAUUACACCUUGGAACUUCCCAUCGGCAAUGAUUACUCGAAAAGCUGCAGCAGCACUAGCAAUUGGUUGCACAGUAGUUGUGAAACCUGCCGAAGAUACACCACUUUCAGCCUUAGCUCUUGCACAGACGGCUAAGGAAGCUGGUCUUCCAGACGGUGUCUUCAAUGUUGUCCCAGCUGAUUUGAAGAAUACGGUACGAAUAGUGAAGUUUUUAUGUGAAUCAACCGACAUCAACGCAAUUUCAUUUACAGGCAGCACUGAAGUAGGAAAGCUUUUGCUUUCACAGUCAGCUUGCACGGUGAAACGAGUAUGUCUUGAACUAGGUGGUAACGCACCGUUUAUUGUGUUUCCUUCGGCUCAUCUCUCAACAGCAGUUCAGGGAGCGAUAGCAUCGAAAUUCCGAGGUUCAGGACAGACAUGUAUAUCUCCAAAUCGUUUUUAUGUUCAUUCUUCGAUUUAUGAUUCUUUUGUUGAAGAAGUUAAGCAUGCAAUGGCGAAAUUGGUUACCGGAAAUGGUAUGCAACCAAAUGUCACACAAGGGCCUCUUAUAAAUGAAAGAGCUAUUAAAAAAGUUGAAAACUUGCUAUCAGAUGCAACUCAAAAGGGAGCACAUGUAGUAUUGGGUGGAAAACGUAUUCCUCAAACAACCUGUUUCAAUCCAACGUUGCUGAUUAACGUAACCAAUGAUAUGGAUAUUGUCCACACUGAAAUAUUUGGUCCCGUUCUCGCUAUCCAAAAGUUCGAAACGGAGGAAGAGGUUUUGGCACUGGCAAACUGCUGCAGAACUGGCCUAGCUGGUUAUAUAUUCACAACGGAAUAUGCUCAGAUACUACGUGUUAGCCAUAACUUGCAGGUUGGAAUUAUCGGUAUCAAUGAAGGAUUAGUAUCUUGCGCGGAGGCAGCUUUCGGUGGAAUGAAGGAAAGCGGUUUAGGUCGUGAAGGUGGUUCACAAGGUAUAGAUGAAUUCUCGCAAUGGAAAUAUAUUUGCAUCGGAUUCUAA